GUAGAUCUGUACGGAUGGAUUCGUGCACUGUCGGGCUGAAUAUUACACAGUUAGAAGGGGAUAAAACGUUCAUGAUUUUGCGUAAAAACGUCUUUUUGGCGGAAAGUUGUGGGAUACCACUGCUUCGGUAGUGCGUUUCUGCUGAGCGUGGUCGACAUUUUACGCGUUUACGGUGUGAACUACAUGACAUGGCGGAUUAAUCGCGAGUGCGCUCUUCGCGUUUUCCUUUUAGAGAAAGUGCACAGUGAGUUGUGGAAAGCAGCGGGGCAAUGCGAGCCUGAAGCGGGUCGAAGGGGCUCGGAGGGGGCAGCAUCACUUUGGAAACUUCGCAUUGGUAGUCACGCAGGCAUUCCCGGCUCAUCCUGAGAGGGUGUGUGUGUGUUUGUGUGUGCGCGCGCGCUCUCGGGUUUUCCUUUAUGGUGGUUUUGUUGAAUGUGUAUGCAUUACGGUUUGACCACACACUCGCCCACCGCAGGCUGACUGGCAGUUUUGGUAGCGUCGUUCCGUUUUGUCUCCUGAGUAGGAUGUUAUCCAGCCAGGCUGGCUCGGCGUUGAGUGGAAACGGGUCAGCUGCAGGGAACAGCGCGGCGCACGGGGCUGUGGUGGUGGGCAGCGGCGGGCUUCGGCCGGGGCUGGCACGGACAGGCGGUCAGGCGGUAGCCGGUGUGAACGUCGGUCCUUUCGUCGGUGCUCCCGCGGGGAUGCUGGGGGGUAACGGGCCCGGCAGAGGUGGCGUCAGAGCCGGGAACGGCGGCACCGGGCUUAGCGCUCUGCAGGCUGGCGGUGGCCAGGCAGGUAUGGGAGUUCUAGGCGCAGGGAUAGUGGGAAUUCCCGGCAGGUUUGUCCGGGAUAAAGAAGGUGCUCCUCAGGCGUGCAGCGGCUCUGACGCGGACUCUGACUCCGUGGAUGAAGACGAGCCCAUGGCCGGGGACAGCAGGAGGGGGGUAAAACGGGAGAGGGCCGAGAUGGAAAGCGUCGUGGCCGGCCAGGAUGCCGGAAUGGCCCCUGGGGGUUACGGUGUGGUGACCGGCGGUGUAGCUGGAGCAAAGCCAGGCAAGAAAACACGUGGACGCGUCAAGAUUAAGAUGGAGUUCAUAGACAACAAGUUGCGGCGAUACACCACUUUCAGCAAGAGAAAGACGGGCAUCAUGAAGAAGGCAUAUGAACUCUCCACUCUAACGGGGACCCAAGUCCUGCUGCUGGUGGCGAGUGAAACAGGCCAUGUCUACACAUUUGCUACACGCAAACUUCAACCCAUGAUCACCAGUGAGACAGGGAAAGCUUUGAUACAGACGUGCCUGAACUCUCCGGACUCCCCUCCCCGCUCUGAUCCGUCCAUGGACCAGCGCAUGAGCGCCACAGGCUUCGAGGAGACAGACCUCACCUAUCAAGUGUCUGAAUCUGAAAGCCUCGGCGAAACCAAGGACACUCUGAAGCCAGCAUUCACUGUGGCCAGCCUGCCGGGCAGCACCAGUGCCCAGGCAACAGUGCCCACCACCUCCACCACCAUGCAGGUGAGCAGCGGACCCUCUUUCCCCAUCACCAACUACCUGGCUCCUGUGUCUGCCAGUAGCAGCAACGCCACAAUCACCAACACUAACGGGACCAUUCUGAAGAGCGCAGCUGCCUCAGGAGGGGUCAUGCAGCUCCCUGGAGGCUUCACCUUCAUGUCAGCAGGCACUCCUUUCCCCCCUGGGACACCCACCAUUCCCCUGGGGCAGCUGCAGCAGCAUUCUCUGGCUCUUCAGGGCCAGCAGGGCCAGACCCUGACUGCUGCCACUGCUCCAGCCACCCAGACCCCACAAGGCCAGCAAGCUGUGUUUCGCCUCCCUGCUGCUGCAGUCUCUCUCGCAGGAGGAGGGAUGCCCCAACAACUCCAAGCCAUCCAGGUGCAGCCCAGCACCCAGUCCAGCUCUGUCAGCAACGACAGCAGUAGCCCAGAGAUCUCCCAAACCAGCACUGCCUCCACAGCCACAGUCAGUCUCCCAGCAACCAUUGUAACAUCGUCAGUGCCCACCUCAGUAGCAGGUCACAUGAUGUACCCCAGCCCCCACACGCUCAUGUACGCCUCAGCCCCCACGUUGGCCGAUGGCGGCCUGGCUGUGCUCAGCGCUUUCUCUCAGGGCGCCUCUGCCAUGCAGGUGUCCCAUGCACAGGCCCAGGAUACAGGUGCUGUUCCUCAGGUGUUCCUCACAGCGCCCCCUGGCACGGUUCAGAUCCCGGUUUCAGCAGUGCAGCUACACCCAGUACGGCAAGAUCUCCACUUUACAAAUGGUGAUUGGUCAACAGUCCAGCGGCAGCAGCAGUAAUUUGACAGAGCUUCAGGUGGUGAACCUGGACGCCACACAGAACACCAAGAGUGAUUGACGGAUGUCUUCGGUUCUGAAGGGUCACCAGGGACUUACGUCACUAUUUAUUGAUGCCUUGUUCCAUUUUGAAGCAUUUCAUCCUUUUCUGCCAUAUGAGUGUAUGUGAUUGUACAGUUUCUACUGUAAAUGUGUGUCUUGACCUCAUCAGUACACUGAUGAAUUGAGAGAAACUUGGCCUUCUCAGUUCUGCUGUGUGUGCUGCAAUUUAUAGGAUACAGACUCCAAUUCUGACAUGCGUUUUUGCAUGUUACGUGUGUGCGAGUGUCCGUGCGUGUGUGUGUGUGUGCACGUGUAUGAGUGUUGCAUAAAAGGGAAAAGGAAAACAGUGUUCGCUAGCUGUUACAGAUACUGCAGCCUCUCACUUUGGCCAAAGAUGCAUUACUUUGUCAGUAUUUCUGUGUGGAUGCGAGUAUGGGUCUGAAUAGGAUACAUUGCCUAGGUGUGAGCCAUAUUGGGGAAGAACACAGUGAGGAAGAGUGAUUAUUAAUAAGUUGAGGCUGGAAGAAAAUCAGAUAAAAGGACAGUUGGAAAUGUACAUAUUUUUUUAUUAUUAUUAUAUUAGCCGAUAGUGCAAUGGCAUGUACUGUAGUUGUUUUAUAAGAUGCAGUUUUGUUUUGUAUUUCGCUUAUGAAAAAAUCAGUUAUUUACAAACUGUGUAAAUUAAUGUAAUAUAAAUAUAUAUUUUAUUGAUUUCUAUAUGAUCAUGGAGAAUAAGAGUGAGGGAUUUUUUUAGUCAAGGUUGUUUUCUCUUUUAUUUCACUGACAUUACUGUCAACUCAAAAGUAGAAGCAAAAAAGACACAGAAUAAAAAUGCCACUCGUAACUUUUCUUUCUAUUAUUUCAUUUAAAACACUUCGCACUACCUUUCCCAGGCACAAGACUGCCUACCGGAGUGCCUGUCAGGCACUGGACAGUAACUGUGCUGUAGCAGGCUCAGUUAAAACACUGCAUUCUACUAGUUUAAUGCUAAUAACACUCAGAACUGAGGCGAAUUAUGAAAUGGGUAUAGUCCUAUUGUUCUGUUUUGUUGAUUCAAUCUGUUUGAUGCCACUUUAGGACUAAAUUGCUUAAAAGGUUGGGCACCCUUUUAAUUAAACACUAAAAGCUUUGCUGGCCUUUCAAACUGAUCCUUAGCGCAUUUCAUUUUGAAAAUAGAACUUGAACUUUUCAUGCUAGAGUCGCCUUCUGUCCAGUUUUGCUGAUAAGGGCUCAGUCGACUGUUAAUCCCUCUCAUCUACUUCAUCACGAAUUCACAAUGCACACGCCAUUUAAAGAUGCCAGGAACUGUAAUUCAAGAUAAUGAACUGCCUGGCCCUUCUCCUUUAAAAGUGUUGGUACCCACUCAGAUACACUGGCAUCGUACCUCAGUCACUUGUUUUCAAACCAGUCUGGGUGGAGGUUUGGACCCAUUAGGCUCAUCAGGCAGUCCAUAUUGGAAGGCUGUUUGUUUCUCCUUCCGCUGGAGAGUUUUUCAUGUUAACUUCUCAUCCUACCAAAUGACAAAGUAUCUCCAUGCUGCAGCUCACACAUGUUGCCCUUAAGCCUUUUCGUAUAAAGGGAAAUUUUUCAUGCUGUAUUUUGGGAUGAUAUUGUAGACACGUUUAUUUAUAUCAGCUUUGCGUCAAGUCUCUCUUCUUAGAGACGUUUAUGCGGCUUCACACACGGUUUGUAAACAGUGCUCAGUUCCGCAUUAGUGGCAUGAAGUUGUGAAAGGUGUUCUUCAAGCCAAACACUGUAUCUCCUACACUCUGGCUUCUCCUAUAGAAAAUGUGAAAUCUUUCACAGGACUUGUUUGCUUGAUUUAUUUUUUAGAGGUUUGUUUUAGUUAUUAUAAAACGGUGUGAGAAACAGAAUGAGCACUGGUUAUUUUGUUGUGAGACAUUUGAAGUUGUUGUGUGAGCUUUUGUGACCUUUUUUCAUUUGUAUUUCUUUUUCUUUUGUCUUUGGGGAUCUUCAUGUAACAGCAAAUGUACAGAACAUUUUGUAAUAAAAAAAUGGAUAUUCUAUGGA